AUGGAUCAGAUAUGGGCUGAGAUCAAUGGAUCAGAUAUGGAGGCAUUUGAAUUGGUGUUGCGUCACGGCCGUAACUCCACCCUGCUGGUGCUGAAAGCGGAGUUCCCAGGGCUGGGGGGCGGGGCCCAGGGGGCGGUGGGUCAGCUCUUCCUGGACGUGUCUCUCUACAUCCUGGGCUCAGACUCCAGCGUGGAACACAUGGUCCAGGCCUUCUUCACCCGCCUCUUCCCCCUGACCUACCGACACCUGCUGGGUGGUGGCACAGCACCCAUAUCUGAGGAAUGCCUGCGGGGGUCGUGGAAGGACUCCAUAGCAUUCGGCCCCUACCCUAAACUCAUUAUGACUCGUUUGUCACGCUCCCUCCUGGCCACGCGUGUCUUCCUGCAGGCGCUGAACCUGGGCAUUGAGGUGGUCAACACCACUGACCACCUGCGCCCAGGUAGGGACUGUGGGCGCGCUCUGCUGAGGCUGUGGUAUUGCCCACACUGCCAGGGCCUGCUGGGGGCCCCGGUCUGUAAAGGGUUUUGCCAGGCUGUAAUGUCAGGGUGCCUGGGAGGUGCUGCGGAGGUACAGCCCCACUGGAGAGGGUAUGUGGAGGGGCUAGGGAAACUGGCAGGGGCCAUGAGGGGGGAGCAGGACAUGGAGGCUGUGAUGAUGAGGUUACAUGUGCUGGUCAGACUGGCCCUCAGACACGCUGUCAAAGCACGCCCCCGCCUACACACACUGGUGAGCAGUACGUGUGGCCACGCCCCCCAGCGUGUGUCUCGCUCAGUGGCGCCCUUUCCUGACCAGAACCCUGCUGCCCAGGCGUCCCGCAACCCACAGCCUUUACCUUACGAUCCUGAGGAGACAUUGGCUGGUCGCCGCAGGGAGUUUAUUUCCAGCAUGAGGGGAUUCAGUUCCUUCUUCAGUGGUUUGGGAGAGGCUCUGUGUAGCCGGGAGCCUGCAGCGCCAAGCAACCACUCCCUCUGCUGGAACGGACAAGAAAUGACAAACAGGUUUCCUGUCCCAGUGAAGCGCUCUCACCCUCAUGGCCCUGACCCUAAGAUCAAAGCCCCUGAACCAGUCAUCUCCCAGAUCAUCGACAAACUCAAACACAUCAACCAGGUGGUCUGCUGUGAGCUGUAG